GGGGCCGACCGGAAGUGCUUCUGCCUCCUCCCGCCUCCGUGCUCCCUGUCGAGUCUCCGUCGGCCGGGCGAGCGAGGUCGUGCCCCGGAAGUAAAGGGGCCAUGUUGAUGGGUGACCCCGAGAGAGAGUGUGACGCUUAGUCCUUGUCAGUCCCCCAUGGCCCCGUGGAGCCGAGAGGCGGUGCUGCGUCUGUACCGGGCUCUGCUGCGCCAAGGCCGAGAGCUUCGCUACACCGAUCGAGACUUCUACUUUGCUUCCAUCCGCCGAGAAUUCAGGAAAAAUCAGAAACUUGAGGAUCUGGAGGCUCGAGAGAAGCAGCUGGAGAAGGGCCUGGUCUUCCUCCAUAGCAAACUAGGAGGCCUUAUUUAGAAUCCUCUCUUUUCCCCUCCUACCCUAAUUCCAAGACGAGGACAAAGGUGCCUUCAGUAGAUACUCCUGGCUCCCCUACCCCACCUCACAGAUGCAUUAGGAAGCCUCAGGUGAGCAAUGGCAGGCGCUGGUGAGCGCAAAGGCAAGAAGGAUGACAAUGGCAUUGGAACGGCCAUUGAUUUUGUGCUCUCCAAUGCCCGGCUGGUGCUGGGCGUGGGUGGAGCAGCCAUGCUGGGCAUCGCCACAUUGGCAGUUAAGCGGAUGUACGACCGGGCAAUUAGUGCCCCUACCAGCCCCACCCGCCUAAGCCAUUCAGGAAAGAGGAGCUGGGAGGAACCAAACUGGAUGGGCUCUCCUCGACUAUUGAACAGGGACAUGAAGACAGGUCUGAGCCGGUCCCUGCAGACCCUUCCCACAGACUCUUCUGCCUUUGACACAGAUACAUUCUGCCCACCCCGGCCCAAACCUUUGGCCAGGAGGGGCCAGGUAGACUUGAAGAAGUCACGACUCCGCAUGUCCCUGCAGGAGAAACUUCUUUCUUACUACCGGAACCGUGCAGCCAUCCCUGCUGGAGAGCAGGCUCGAGCCAAGCAAGCUGCGGUGGACAUAUGUGCUGAGCUGCGGAGCUUCCUGCGGGCCAAGCUGCCUGACAUGCCACUCCGGGACAUGUACUUGAGUGGCAGCCUCUAUGACGAUCUGCAGGUGGUGACAGCUGACCAUAUCCAACUCAUUGUCCCCCUCGUGCUGGAGCAGAACCUGUGGUCGUGCAUACCUGGGGAGGACACCAUCAUGAAUAUCCCUGGUUUCUUCCUGGUCCGUCGUGAGAACCCAGAGUACUUUCCUCGUGGUAGCAGUUAUUGGGACCGCUGUGUUGUAGGUGGCUACCUCUCCCCAAAGACAGUGGCAGACACCUUUGAGAAGGUGGUGGCAGGCUCCAUCAACUGGCCAGCCAUAGGGUCCCUCUUAGACUAUGUGAUCCGACCAGCACCACCCCCAGAGGCCCUGACACUAGAAGUGCAGUAUGAGAGGGACAAACAUCUUGUCAUUGACUUCCUGCCAUCAGUGACCCUUGGUGACACUGUCUUGGUGGCCAGACCACACCGGUUAGCUCAGUAUGACAACCUGUGGCGGCUGAGCCUUCGUCCUGCUGAGACGGCACGCUUACGGGCUUUGGACCAGGCGGACUCCGGCUGCCGGUCUCUGUGCCUCAAGAUCCUCAAGGCCAUAUGCAAGUCCACUCCAGCUCUGGGCCACCUCACUGCCAGCCAGCUAACCAAUGUCAUCCUCCACUUGUCCCAGGAGGAGGCUGACUGGUCUCCAGACAUGUUGGCCGACCGCUUUCUACAGGCCCUGAGGGGACUCAUCAGCUACUUGGAGGCUGGAGUCUUGCCCAGUGCCCUGAACCCCAAGGUGAACCUAUUUGCAGAGCUCACCCCUCACGAGAUAGAUGAAUUGGGGUACACCCUCUACUGCUCGUUGUCUGAGCCGGAGGUGCUGCUGCAGACGUAGGCAGGUGAAGGCCCAGACUCUCUUAGAAACACUUGGCUACGUGGUUGGUGCCUCACAGGUCCCUAGGUGCCUCCUGUUUUGUUGGUAAUUGUCCUGGUCACUUCAUGCUGAUUAGAAUGACAUCCCUUCUGUUUUCCUACCCAUCCCUAUUUUUGUAACCAAACACUGUGCUCCUUGCCGCCUUACUCUAGGCUGAUUUUUUUUUUUUUUUUUUUUGGAAACAAACAGAAGGUGUGGAGUGCUGGC